AUGCCCGGCCAAGACCGACGCUCCACACCGACGGGGCUGGACGCAAGCGGCCAUCUCCGCGAGCAUGCUGCUGCUGAUUUCGCGCCGUUGCACAGCUUCCUCGCCAGGGCCAUGUACGACAAUGUGUCCGAGAUGCCGCAGGAGCUGUCCUUUUCACGCGGCGACCUGCUGGUCGUGCUGGAGCGCGAUCCAAUCGGCUACGAGGGCUGGUGGAUCUGCAAUCACAGAGGUCGUGUCGGCAUUGCUCCCGGCAACAGAUUGGACAUUCUGGGCUUGGCAAUGCUCUGGACUAAGACUGACGCGACGCGUGGGAGUGUAGAAAAAGGCACCGCCCGAUGCCUGACAAUGUGA